AUGCUAACGUAUCCAGACCGAGCAACAUUUGAGCAAAUACGCGCCCAGUGGGAGGCAGCUCAGCACGGCGAGGAAGAGACGGUAGAUAUGGUGGGCAGAAAGGUGUCCCAGCAACAGCCCACAGGUGGCAAUGCCGCUCCUCACGGCACGAUAACGGCCUCGGGAGCAAACGGGUCUUCUCCCCAUUUCGACGCGCCUAUUUCACGACCGCGCGAUUUGGCAGCUUCAAGAAGGCCAGUUGUUGAGGCAUUGAAACCUGACACACUUACUCAGCCCGAGGAUACUACGAAGAACGAUCAAGUCAACGCGACAUCUUCGGCACUGCCUCGCUCACGAACGACGAGCUUUCUACCACGACCAGUUGGACCCGCUUCGGGCGGUUCUUAUGAUGACCAGGACAGGACGAUCAAGCUCCAGCCUGUCACAGUUGUCGCCGACCCCAAGUUGCGCGCAAUACCGUCUAAGAUACCAUCACCGAGCCCUCCGCUCUCGGAACGACGCGUCUCCAGUCCACGUCAAUAUCUUCCUCAACACAUGUCGCGACGCGAUCCACAAGUUGUCAACCGCCGUACUCCAGUAGCCGACAGCGCGGGCUCCCCCUCGAAGCUGGCAGUGAGAUCACGUACAACACCUAAUCUAGUGAAGGCAGCGCAUUCACCCCAGCCAGCACACAAUGCGCCUUCCAGUAAAGCAGGAUAUAAGAAACCUGCAGGCACUCCAGUCACUUCGAAAUCUACUCUACAAGAGAACGUACCUACGAAGCAUCGCAUCAGCCAGAGACGCUCUCAGAUCAUAGAGAAAGACCUGAAGCGAGAAAGCCUAGCAGCGCCUGCGACGGUGAAGAACAGGAAAUCUAUUGUUCAAGACUCUCCACUUGGCCCUAGCAAACAGCCGAACGAGAGCACUCCAACAAUGGCAAAGAAACGCAUGAGCUCGAACCUCGCCGAGCACACGCCCGUCACCGCCAAGCGCGUACAACCAAGGGGGCAUCAACCCUCACUUACAAAAGGUAGUCCGGCUGCACAGCCCAGAGUGGGUCCCCGAAAACACACACCAGCACCACUACUACCAGAAACCCCAAGACCAGAGCUACCGCGUUUGAAAUCAGAGAAGGAACAGCAGAGGAAAACACUGAACACGCCAAACGGUUUGGGAGGGAUAUGGAGGUCUUCACGUGCGCUGGCAGCAGCAAACCAUGAGGUGAGACUUCCACGUUCCUUCACUUUCCACAAUUAUGGAACAAGCACGGAAAGUUUGCCCCCAAUACCUGCCAUCCCCGAUCAAUACGGGACACCAUCUCUCUCAAGCUUCUUCCAACCAGCACCCUCUUUUCAGACGUAUCGCUACAAGAUGGAUUCGAUGGCUGCCUCCUGCGAAUCCAUUCCUGAAGAGACGAAGCAUACCCUCUCUACCGUGCCCGAUCAUGCAGCACAGGCCGAUCCCACAUCACCUACUCUCUCGACCUCUUCUGAUAGCAUCGUCGCGCAGCCGUCGUGGCCUUACAAGACAUCCUUACUACAGAGCGCCACCUCAACACAACCCUCAACGGAAUCCUUGACAGGUAUACAAUAUACUCAGAACGAUCGACCUUGGUCCAUUUCUGAUCAACAAUAUGAAGACAGCGCUGACAUUGAGUCUUACCUUCAGGUUCGAGAUUACAUGCCACCGCUAUAUUGGGCAGGCCGUUUUCAGUCCCGAUGCGAUCAUUGGCGUACGGAAGCUAUGACGGCUGAGCUCGAUCCGACGCAUAUACCAGAAGGCCAGUUGGGCCAGUGCAGACUGAGUCAAGACAAGCUAGCAGCGUGCUACAUCUUCGCGCAAAUGCGCGACCUAUGUCUCACGGAGCAGGCAGCCAACAGCUUAUGGGCACGUUACAUACCCAGAGAGUUUGAGUACAAGUACCGAAAAGACAACAGAAUGUUGAGCGCGGAGUAUCCGAUGCACCCACCCCGUAAGCACGACAACCCGCCGACCGAUAACAAAGGAUCCUUUGGCCGAGCCAUGAGGAAGCUGACCCCACGGAAAAGCAGCUUUGUCAAUCUGCUGAAAGGUAAGGGGUGGGGCACGGGUGACGAUCAGGCUGCCGAGAUGUCCCCUGGUAGCUCUUAG